AUGUUCCGAUCAUCCGCUACUCGUUUUGUGUCGUUGUUCAAUGUAAACAAGUACUCAUCAUUGUCGCGCGCAUGUUUCUGCUCCGGUGGCCGCAAGAACUAUGCAGGAAGAAAAUGGAAACAAUCUGCACGUCUAUUGUACCAAAGCAAGAAACGCGGUAUUCUUGAAAAUGACAUACUUAUCGGUGAUUUUGGAGAGAAAUAUCUUAACAAAAUGGACCGCGAAACACUCAAGGAGUACGAUACGUUGAUCAACGGCGACAUCAUGGAGUGGGACUUGUACUAUUACAUGAGUGGUAAGGAAGAGCCUCCGGCCGACGUGGCUAAUUCUGGUGCUUUCCAGCUCCUUAAAAAAUUUGUAGAUGAGAAGGAGUUUGCAAACAGUGUAAACUCCGGCAAACAAUAG